AUGUCGGCGCGGAGCAGACCGCUACUAGUCGGACGGCCGCCGUGCGCAUCUUCCAUCGCGCCGAAUACCAAGCACAAUAGCGAGAUCACCGCCAGCCCCCCCACGAACCUCACUCACCACCCAAACAAUGCAACCAACAUUCCAAUUCUCAACGGAGCUGCAAACCCGCUCCAGCAGACCCUCGGCCGCACCGUUUUGAGACGCGAUCCACCUACCGGCGACGGCGCAUCAUCAAAUCACUGCAAGAAGGCCGCCCUCAAGGAGAAUGAUUGCAAGAAGACGAAGGCACAGCGGAACCCAUGCGUGAACGAGCUCGAUGAACCGUUCGCACGCACCGCGGACAGUUCGACGUCUGACGCUUCCCCUCUCAGGAGCGAUCACCGCGAGGUUCAGGUCCUGAGCCGCAGCAAGGACUUCCGCAAGGAUACUGCUGGGGUUGAGAAGUCUCCCAAGAGGGGCGGCUGUCGCGACUACGAGCCCCCAUUUAAGUAUCUCCCUGUCCGCAAGCGAUCCGUCUUGCCGAAGCGAUUUGGCGAUGAAAAGCUCGCUCGCCAGAGCGAGGAAGAUGUUGCAACGAAUGCCGUGGAGAGCUCUGCAGUGGUUGGCGAUCCCGCAAGUGAACCUGCUGCCGACGCAGACGAACCGGAGACUUGGAAUCUUGUAUCUACCUCCUUGGUCACAGAUACCGACACCUCAUCAUGGAAAAAUAUAGUGCCCAUCUCAGCUGCCACCAGUGUCGAAGACGAACAGUAUUCGCCGCCGAAGUACAGCAUCUCAGACCCCUCAGACACCGGAGAGAUUGAAGAGGAGGAGUAUGAUGAGUAG